GGAUACGUGCACUGGUUUAAAGAGUAGACUCUCUUUCACAUCGCAAGCUUCCGCAAUGGAAGGUGAAGUGCAGAAUCAGAAAGAUGGGUUUUUUUCUGUGACGGCUUGAUUUUGCUUGAAUUGUCUGCUACCGAUGAUCUCGAGGCCUUGAGGAGCAGUGAAGUAGAAGAGAAGGGGUUUAUAAUAUACAUUUUUUCGUCGACACUCCCAAAUGCUCGCCCGACUCCUCUUCUUCUACAGAAACAGACCCCAAGUCCUCCCACUAGUCCCCUCAACCCUUAAAACGCUAACCACCACCAACGAUGCAGGUCCAAACGACGCCGUCUCCACCAACCACAGAGACGACUACUUCGCGGCCAUCCACCACGUGUCAAACAUUGUGCGGCGCGAUUUCUACCUGGAGCGCACCCUCAACAAGCUCCGCCUCCACGUCACCUCCGAGCUCGUCUUCCGCGUCCUCCGCGCGUGCUCCUCGUCACCCACCGAGUGCCACCGCUUCUUCAACUGGGCCCGGAACCAGCCCAACUACCGGCCCACCACCGUCGAGUUCGAGGAGCUCAUCAAAACCCUUGCGAGCUCCCGGAAAUACGAGACCAUGUGGAAGCUCCUCCACCAGAUGAAAUCCCUCUCCCUCUCCCCCUCCCCAGAUACGCUGUCGUUUCUCGUCGAACAGUACGGCAAGCACGGCCUUGUAGACCACGCCGUCGAGAUCUUCAACAAGUCUGAGAAAUCUCUCAACUGUCCCCAAACCCUCGAGCUCUACAACGCCCUCCUCUUCUCUCUCUGCGAAGCCAAGCUCUUCAAUGGCGCCUAUGCCCUCAUCCGCCGCAUGGUCCGGAAGGGCCUCGUCCCCAACAAGCGCACCUACGGCAUUCUAGUGAACGCAUGGUGCUCCGCCGGAAAAAUGAGAGAGGCGCAGGAAUUCCUUGCCGAAAUGAGCCGGAAAGGCUUCAAUCCCCCGGUGCGCGGCCGCGAUCUCCUGGUCGAAGGCCUGUUGAACGCCGGAUAUCUCGAGUGCGCCAAGGGAAUGGUCAAGAAAAUGGCAAAACAAGGCUUUGUGCCCGAUGUCGCAACCUUCAAUUCGCUGAGCGAAUCGAUAUGCAAGUCCGGCGAGGUCGAAUUCUGCUUAAAUCUGUACAAUGAGGUGCGUGGAUCGGGACUUUCGCCAGACAUCAAUACCUACAAGAUUUUGAUACCGGCGGUGUCGAAGGCAGGGAGGGUGGACGAGGCGUUUAGGUUGUUGAACGAUGCGAUGGAGUACGGGCAUAAGCCGUUUCCUAGCUUGUAUGCGCCGGUGAUGAAGGCCAUGUGUAGGAGUGGCCAGUUCGACGAUGCGUUUUGCUUCUUUAGCGAUAUGAAGGCGAAGGGGCACCCGCCGAAUAGGCCGGUGUAUACGAUGUUGAUAACGAUGUGUGGAAGGGGAGGGAGGUUUGUGGAGGCUGCUAAUUAUUUGGUGGAGAUGACAGAGCUGGGUUUGACACCGAUUUCGCGGUGCUUCGACAUGGUUACUGAUGGGUUGAAGAAUUGUGGGAAGCAUGAUCUGGCACAGAGGAUUGAGCAGUUGGAAGUGAACAUCCGAGGCAUUUGAUGUGUAUAUAUUGAUUGAUGGUGGAAUAACGAAUGUUAGCUGAGGCUGUAAUUCUUGACUUGUCUGUGGUAAAGCAUGAUGAGUAUUUGUGGACAUUGAAGGCUGUAAUUCUUUUCUCAGAAGUCGCUAUAUGCUUUAGCUGAGGCAGAGAUGAUUAUGCUUCUAGUAUGAAAUGAAUCUGGGUUCUUGCUCAGGCCAGCAACUCCUGCAUUUGGUAGUCACUGAGAAUGAUUUGGAGUUCCCUUAUGAUAGAUCAAAGAAUGGAGAGAUCCAGGAUUGGCACAUGAAAAAGCAUAUAACAGGAAGGUUUUUUUAGAAGACGAUGCAAUGGUCUCUCUCUUUCUUUCUCUCUCUCAUUACAUAUUUGAUUUGAUCUGCCUUAGGAAUUACUGAAUAGAUUUUUGUUUAUGUAGACAUUUUGCUUCCAUUUUGGAAUUUCGCUAUGCUUUGAUGUAAGUUGUCAAUUCAGGCCAUGGCAUUCACUUUCGAUUCAGCCAUCCACUGUGUUGAAUAUAGAUUGGGAAGGCUGCAUGAGGAAGACCUUUUACACCAAGCCGUGAGCGAACAUAAGAGUUUAUUCCACUCUAAGAACUCUUCCUUUGGUGCUCCAGCUAAUAAUGUUGCCUGAAAGGAAAAAGGAUGUUACCCGUCUGAUCCAACUCUUUCUUUAAGAAGUUUACCUUAUGCUCUUGUUUUUAUGUUUUCCAAUUUGAUACAUGCAAAACCCCUAGCUCUUAAGGGGUAGGUUUGUUAACUACAUAGCUUCAGAGGCACAGAGAAUUACAAGAAGUCCAGAACAAGACUUAAAUAAGACAGCUUGGCAAGGAAAUUUUGAGACAUGGGCACCGACCCUUUACAUGUAAGACCCAUUUCUCAUGCAAUUUGGGAUUCUCGUUUUGGUCAACCGGCUGAGGAAGCUUUUAAUAUAUGGGAAAUAUCUCAUUAAUGAAAACGGAAGCAAAAGAUCUUAAUAAAAACCCCGAAAGUAGAUAUGAUAAAACACCUCAA